AUGUUUGAUGCUGUUGGCACAGUACUGGCUUGCGUCGCCUUUUUGGCAGUCGCGUCCGCGCAGGUUCAGGUGGUUCAGAAGCCGUCGUUGAUCGUGAAACAAUCUCAGGACUUAUCGCCGGACGGUUCUUACUCUUACUCUUACGAAACGGACAAUGGGAUUUAUCACGGCGCGACCGGAACUCGGGUGGCCACGAACGCGAAGAACACUCCGGUGAUCGUGACCCAAGGACAGUACCAAUACACAGCGCCCGACGGAACCCCCAUUCAGGUGACCUACACCGCCGAUCAGAACGGAUUCCAACCGCAGGGUGCACACAUCCCUCAGGUUCCUGCGCUGAUCAACAAAGCUCUGGAAUACAUCCGAUCGCACCCCCAACCCGAGCACUCCGACGUCAACUGA